CGGCAGCGUGUGCGAGCGCCGGUCGCGUUCUUCCUCCCGCGCUCGCCGGACUGCUCCCCCUCGAGGGCGCGCUUGGUACGGUCCGCGCCGCCUCCUUCCCUAGCUGGGGUAGCUGCCUCCCCUCCCCCCCGCCGGCCGCGCUUGGUGCCGCCCGGGAGAACCAGGUCAUCGGUCGGUUCCCGUGAAAACAAAAACAAUCGGCGGCGCCGCGGCGGACACCCGAACGCCGCGAGCGGGGGCCAGGGACGUGGGACCGGGUAGGGAGAGCGUGAAGGAGCGGCGGCAACGCGCCGGGGGGCCGGGGCGCCAUGGGGCAGGCGGGCACUGGCUGCGCGGGGCUCCCCCGGCGCCGUGGCUAACUCGCCCGCCGCCUCGGCUGCCUCAGCCGCUCGCGCCGCCCGCCUGGGGGACCAGGAGCAGGACGCGGCCUUGGCGGGGCCGGGGCCGAACGGCUGCGGACACCCGGGCGCCGGGGAGCUGAGCGCCGCCGCCUCCGGCAUGGAUCAGUGCGUGACGGUGGAGCGCGAGCUGGAGAAGGUGCUGCACAAGUUCUCGGGCUACGGGCAGCUGUGCGAGCGCGGCCUGGAGGAGCUCAUCGACUACACAGGCGGCCUCAAGCACGAGAUCCUGCAGAGCCACGGCCAAGAUGCUGAGUUAUCAGGGACCCUUUCACUUGUUUUGACACAGUGCUGUAAAAGAAUAAAGGAUACUGUUCAAAAAUUGGCCUCUGACCACAAAGAUAUCCACAGCAGUGUUUCUCGUGUUGGAAAAGCCAUUGAUAAGAAUUUUGAUUCUGACAUCAGCAGUGUGGGAAUAGAUGGCUGCUGGCAAGCAGACAGCCAGAGGCUUCUCAAUGAGGUGAUGGUGGAGCACUUCUUUCGACAAGGAAUGCUGGAUGUAGCUGAGGAGCUCUGCCAGGAAUCUGGUCUUUCUGUAGACCCAAGUCAGAAAGAACCAUUUGUGGAGUUAAAUCGAAUAUUAGAAGCAUUAAAAGUCAGAGUUCUGAGACCAGCUCUGGAGUGGGCAGUUUCGAACCGAGAAAUGCUUAUAGCCCAAAACAGCUCCUUAGAAUUUAAGCUACACAGACUGUAUUUCAUUAGCUUGUUAAUGGGUGGAACUACAAAUCAACGCGAGGCAUUACAGUAUGCUAAAAAUUUUCAGCCAUUUGCCCUAAAUCAUCAAAAAGACAUUCAGGUUUUGAUGGGAAGCCUUGUGUAUCUCAGACAAGGGAUUGAGAACUCACCAUAUGUUCACCUGCUUGAUGCAAACCAGUGGGCUGAUAUCUGUGACAUCUUUACCCGGGAUGCUUGUGCCCUUCUGGGGCUCUCUGUGGAGUCCCCUCUCAGUGUCAGUUUCUCAGCAGGUUGUGUGGCACUGCCAGCUUUAAUUAACAUUAAAGCAGUGAUUGAACAGAGGCAGUGUACUGGAGUUUGGAACCAGAAAGAUGAAUUACCUAUUGAAGUAGACCUUGGCAAAAAGUGUUGGUAUCACUCUAUAUUUGCCUGUCCCAUUCUUCGUCAGCAGACGACAGAUAAUAAUCCACCCAUGAAAUUGGUCUGUGGUCAUAUUAUAUCAAGAGAUGCUCUGAAUAAAAUGUUUAAUGGUAGCAAAUUAAAAUGUCCAUAUUGUCCAAUGGAACAAAGUCCAGGAGAUGCCAAACAGAUAUUUUUCUGAAGAAAUAACUUUAGUUUGCAAUUUGUAAGUGAAACUGAAUUGUGGGCACAUUUCAGAAGAGAACGUUCCAUUUAAUGCAGCUAACCAAGGACUCCGUGUUUAUAUAAGCUAAAGCUCCAGAAACUUUGCCAACACGUUAGUGUACACAUACUGAGAGGAGUGCUCCAGAUGAAUAUUAUCAUAGGGCUUUAUUAUAUUCUUGGUCUUCAUUUCUGAUCAAGUAAAUACACCAGCAGUUGUCACUCAGUGCAGGUUUUUGUACUUAAUUAUAUGGUGAUUUUUUUACUUUUUAAGAGCAGAAACAGAAAUUGACCUCCUCGCCAUGUGUUUAAUAUUUCUCCUGCUUUUACUUUUGUCAUUUUCUUGAUAAUUGUAAGCCUUGAGAGUGUUUGUGAAAAAGUUUUUAUUUCCUGUUGUGUAUACAGAAUUAAAUGAAAAUUCUUCAGAAAAAAGUUUGAUAAAUUGAAUUGUGGUUAUAAAACUAAUUUGCAUUUUUUUUUUUUGCUUAAGGAAGAAAGCUGUGAUAGAUUCCAAAUUUGCUUUUUGAUGUUUUCCUCUGCUCCUCCGCCAAGAAGUCAGCACACCUGCAUUUGAGCUCUGCUUAUAGCCACAGCAGGCUGCCUAUUUAAAAUUUCAUCAUUUAGCAGGCUGGUGUGAGAAGUCUUCCAUUAGAGUGGAAAGGAGUACUAUUGGGUUUUUUUUGUUGUUUGUUUUUUUUGCUUUUAUUGCCAAGAGGUGCUUGUUUUAAAAGUUUGUUCAAUGAAAUGAAAUUCUGAAGUUAGAAGUGUUCUUAAAUUGAUAUUUGCUCUCUUGGUCUUGGUAGCCCUAUUCUCUGAAUCUACCUUCAGGACUUGGCUAUCUCUUGUAUUUGUGUAUCAUUUUAGACACAGUGUUGUGCGUGUGUGUAUACUGUGCACCAGCAUCAAACAUUGUGUAUCUAGAAGGGAAGAAGCAUGUUUCAGUCCUCAAAUGCAGUUACCAGACCCAUCACUUUAAAUCCUUAAAGUUAGAAGCUAGCAGAUUUUCUGUAGUUCAGAAUAUGUUUAUUGCUGUUUUUGUGUUUGAGUAGUAUCCUGUUCAAUGCCUCUCUUCUGCAGAGCGUAUCAUCUCAUUGACUGUGAAUCUGUAUAUUAUUCUAAUGGAUACAGAUAAUGAUCUUUUCUCUUGUGAGGUAUCUUCAUUUAAUGCACUGUCCAGAAAUAGCCAUGUGUAAGACUCUUUCUUUGUAUGAUGAACUACAUGGAAAGACUUCUGUGGACAUAAUUCUGACUCAAACUCACGAAGUUACUUCAUUAGAAGAAUGUUAUAUGGAAAUCACCAAAUAUUUUGCGACUUUAUCUCAUCUGACAUGGAACUGAGUAUCAAUAUAGGAGUACUUUCAUGAGAAAAUGAAAAAAGAAGAAAACAGAAGCAAAGAAAUGUGACACUUCACUUUUUCUUGUGGACUUAGUUUGAGGGAGGGGGGAUAACAGAUUUGGUGCUAAGUUAAUUGGAAGCUGGCAGCAUUUGCAGUAGUCUGUCAACCUGGAUGGUUUAUCCUGAAAUGCUUACUUGGGAGCAUUUGUUUGUGAAGGAAAAGGGUAUUCAGAAAAGCCCUGCUUAAUCACCGUGUGGUCAGGCUUGUGUAGAUGCCUACUGUGUGCUGUGUAGGUUAGCCAGGAAUUGUGACUGGCCCAGUUCAGUGCUUGCCUUGUCCAACCUCAGUUUGGCCCCACAAUGCCUCUUGCCCCAUGAUUCUGCUUCACCGUUGGACUCCUCUAUAACAGUGGUUCUCAACCUUCCUAAUGCCGCAGCCCUUUAGUACAGUUCUUGAGAACCGCUGCUCUAUAAAGUUUUCCCCUCUGUCCACGAAAGCAGUGAAGGAAAAGAGCAGAGACAAGCUCCUUGGGCUGCAAAAGAGAAGGUAGAAAAUUCUAGGCAACACUCUGGUUAAGGGUGUAAACUGGUUUAUUAUAUAUAUUUUUUUCCUUUGUUUUUUAAAGACAUUCUAGGUUUUAAUUCAAACAUACCUUUUCCUCCCUAGGCCUAGUUUAACUUUAUUUAGAACUUAUUCUCACCUUUCUAUUCCAAACACCUGCGCAACAUUUAGGCUUCACCUAGGUUUGAAUGAUACAGACGUGUUCUAGAGGUUGGUAUAAAUGUUUAGUAGCCAAAUCCUUCACACAGUUGGCUCAGGCCACUUCUGAGUUUUGUCCUUCUCCCAGUGUUGGGAGUCCUGUUGAUGGUUUUCUGUGCAGCUUCUGAAAACUUUAUGAAGAAACAUGUUUUAACUAAAGCGUGUGACUUUAUAACUUUCUGUGUAAGGUCCUUGUAGUCCUACUGGGCAGUGUAAGGGCCAAAAAUAUGAAACUGUUGAUCUGACAAUUUAACAAGAGAAACUUAUUUCUUGUGACCAUCUUCAAGUGCAUGGACUUAAAAUUCAUUGGAGACUAAAUGAAGGAGAGGUGGAUUUGACGAGGGCAAAUCUUAACCAAAGAUGCUGAAGUACAGUGUUCUGUCCUUCCUACUCUAGAAAGUAGGAAGUAACACCACCGUCACAAGUGGUUACCACCAUAUCAUGGCUCGUGCUGUCUGCACGUCAGCAGUGCGAGAGGAUGCUAUUUGUCCCUCUCUUCCUCCACUUGGAAAAGGUAAUGAUAGAGAAAAGAUUUUUUAUAGACAGCAUAAUUAUAAUAUACAUUAAACAAUUUCAGAAUGGUUUCUUACAUUUCUUUGGGAACCAUUUCCAUUUAUCCGUUGUGGACAGAGGCCAUGGGACUAUGCUAAACCAAUAAAACCUUAUCAGAUCUUUAGCCAGAGCAUCUGUGUUUUCAAGUAUAGUCUUUACAGUGGCUAAGGUUGUCUUUUGAUCUUUUUUCUUCCUUUGUGAUCAUCACAGAUGCCAUUUUUGUUAUUGGUGAUUAUAUGAGACUUCUAAUGAACAUAAAUGAACGGGUAUUGGUGCCUCUUUAUUUUAAAAAUUUUGAAGAAAAGAGCCACCUCAUAUUCAUAGGGUGUGUAUUUUAUGUGUAGCAUUUAAUUGAAAAUAAGAAAAUUAUGAAGUGAAUCUUUUGUUUAAACUUCUUCUGUAGCAGCUAAUGUAUACAGAGACACUAGAACCCACACUACAUUUUGUGGGGAAAGAGGAUCCUUUUUUAUCUCUCCAGGUGGUCCCACAGGUUAUGCAGUUUAAAUUCAGUAUUCUUCAUGCUGUAAGUUAUUUCGGCGUCAGUGGUUUUAGCCUUUGGGACAGUGGAUAUUGCAGAAACCAAGAAUUCUUGGUUAUCCACACAAGACAAGCUGCUGGGAGACUACACUAGCAUUCUGGUUUUUCAGCUCAACCUCUGAUCAAGUGGACUGACAGCCACGCUGCUCAGUCUGUUUAGUCAGCCGACUCAGGUCAUUUUCAGGGAAGGCAUGGAGGCAUGGUUUGGUCAGUUUCAUCACUAGGGUGUGUAAGGUGACACAACACAAACCAAAUACCUUUCAUUACUUUACAUACACCAUCUUUGGUGACUAGAAUGCUGUGGUCUUGAGGGAAUGUUAGUAAAGAACACAUAGAGCAGUUCUGGGGUUUCAUAAGCCUGUCCACACGUGGCAGGUUUUAUGUGGUACAGUAGUGUGUACUACAAACAGCUACAGGCUUCAUGAACUAUUAAUCAGCUAAAUUGAAUAGAAUACCAAAAAUAGAAUGACAUAUGUGUUUUAAUAACUGAUGAGGCUGGUUGAUUUUACUUCAAGACAUAGUGAGAGAAACAGUUUUAAGACAUUUCCUCUACAGUUUUAACCCAUAGUGGGCAUAGGCUUCAUUUACUUCCACAGAGGCAAAAGCAGCUGGAACUGGCUUACAGCACAUGCUUUGUUUCCUGUUGUGGGUGAGGACCUACACUCUUAUUUUAGCAGUCACUUAACCUUCUCGAGCAAGGCAGAUGUGGGGUUCACUAGGAUUUAGUGCCUGAUCUUUUCUUUUGGGAAGGGGUGGGAGUGAAUGUAUUAGGACUGGGAGGGAAGCAGGAGAAGAAAUUGGGAGUGUGAGUGAGUGUGCAUGUGUCUGAGAUUCACCAUUUGCCCCACCUGUACCUAACAAGGAGCAGGUGUUUGAUGUAUUUUGCUCAUGACUGCAGUGUGCAUGUAUUUUUUUCCUCCUCUGUGUUUUCUGAACUUACACUAAAAAGUUCCAUCCAAUCAUCUUGUUCAGAUGGCUCAGGAUUGUAUUUCUUUUGCUUACCCUGUGCUCUUGGGUUCUAUAGUAUUUCUAUAAUUAUGUAACAAGAAUAGUGUUGCACUGUAAUCUAUCAUAUAGAGCUAUAUGUAUGGAAAAUUUUGAUCAGUUUUUUAAGAAAUGUAUCCUGUUUGCAAAGGCACAAUAAAGUUGCAUCUUAUAGACUAUAGGCAAUAAAGCUAACAAUAAACCUUAUUUAACACAAACCAUAUUCAUAUUCUCUGUUCAUUUGAUUUUAGAAAACAUCUAGCAUAUCUGGUAGUUUUAGGGAUUCCAUUUAACUUUAAAAAUUCUGACAUUUAAUUUAUAAUUUCAGACUGAUUAAUAAAUAGAGUUUUGGAAAACUAUAAGAAAUGCUUUCUUAAUGUGUGUAUUCCUAUGUAAAACACAUGGCUUCUCCUGUGUAUAUUUUUAAAAAUUAAAGAAAUGCACAUUGUAAAAGUG